AUGUCAUCCUUCAACAAUUGGGACGAUGGUAAUUCAUUUGCAAGCGAGCACAACGUACCAGUUGCGGAAGAGACUAGUUGGCAAGACAGAAGAGAUUCCUUGAGCGAUGGAUCUGUUGAUCCAGCAAUGUUUAGCAACAUGUUCAACGAGGAGCCUUUGGGGGAACCAGGCGGUAAUAAUUCAGCGGCUAAUCGGCCCAAUAAUCAUGGCAAUCCCAGCAUCCUAGAGCACGAAGAGGAGCCCGCCAGUGCGAUGAAAGGUACAGGGGGGAGUGUUUUAUCAAACAACAAUACAAUGGCUGUAGAAAAUGGUCAUCAAAUGGGGUCUACAUUUCAUGAGACUAGCGAAACAGACACCAUGGGGCACAUGUCAAAUGGGUUGGGACCAAUGCAAAAUGGAAAUCAUUACACUGCCAACGGGGUUAUCGUUACGCCGCAUGAAAUGAACGGUGGAGGCCAACAUACCGGUAUGGAUCACACUUCUUCACAGUAUAUCAUGAAACAAGCCCCACAAAGUGCACAAAAUGGAACAGCAGAGUCAAACAUGGCCAUUCACCACGAAAAUGCCACAACGCACAGUGUUGAUCCGUCACGGUACAACCAAACCACAUACUCGGGAUUUCCGCAGUCACAGAUUGCAGUACCCGCUACGCCUGCUGCUGCUCACGAGACCCAUAAUAGUGUCGACCAGUCACGGUAUAACCAAAGCGCAUACACUGGAUUCCUGCAGUCACAGGCUGCUGCACCCGAUGCUCUUGCUGCUGCUCACGAGUCCAUGAAUAGUGUUGAUCCAUCACGGUAUAACCAAAACGCAUACUCAGGAUUCCCACAAUCACAGGCUGCCACACCCGCUGCUGCUCACGAAACAGUUAAAAAUGAGCAGGAAGCAUCACACAUCCAAAGGGAUCUAGAGGCAGUUGCCAGUAUGUACAAUAUGGACGGACAGGGCCACCCUUCCAACUCAUCAACCAAUAAUGGUGGGGGCGAAGCCGUUAUUGAGCUUUUGGACGACGAUGACUACACCCAAGAAAUGAACUCUGCUGAAGAUCACAACAACAAGAGAAGGAAACUUACGAACGGAGACGCAUCCGUAGACGCAGCCACUGCAGCAGCUGCAGCCCGACGGGCAUCCAUGCCAGAUUGGAUGUCAAAUAGAUCAUCGCAGCAACCAAUGCAACGAAAGGCUGUGCCAAUACAAAGGCCGACCGCGAUGGCACCUAGACCUGCAGCAGUUCCAUCAUGGUCAAUGCCACCGGUUGAAGAACAACGGCAAACCAGUGUGAUUCACGAACCCUCGUACAUUGAGUUGCCAGAUGGUUUUGUACCCAAAUGGGAUCAACUUUUUCCGAUACAGAGACGGCCGCAAAAGACAGAGCGAAGGUUAUUUGAGCUCUCGCUACUAAAUGUCCAAGAGUUUACAAUUACUGGGCUACCUUUGGUGGAGGGCAUGGAACCGACUCCUGUCACCGGUUUCCGGUCAAAAAUUAAAGAAAUAUGUAAGCCUCACGGCAAAUCCACAUUUGAAAAGGACAAGGAAGGAGUUGGAGGCAAAUGGAGAAUACCUCUCGGAGCCUACCGCACCUUUUACUCUUGGCUGAAUAGCGACGUGAUGACGAAAGUAAUAGGAAUUCCUGAAAGCCAACUAAAGAUUGCCUCACUUGGAAAAGCCCGACUAGAACGUGGGUUUCCAAGUGUGGGAAAGAUCCUGUCGAAAGGGGUACCAAAAGGGCUUGCGACAACACUGGCACCGUUUCAACGUGGCGGAGUUGAUUUUGUUGCUGAAAGGAAUGGCCGUGCACUAAUUGCUGACGAAAUGGGACUUGGAAAGACGAUACAGAGUAUUGCUAGUCUCUCCAUGUACUGGGAGGAAUGGCCACUCCUUAUACUGACUCCUAGUUCGGCGCGUUAUCAUUGGGAAAACGAGUUCCGGCACUGGCUUGGUGCCGACAGCCCAGUGAACAAUGACAUGGGCAAUAGCAAUGGCCUCGAUUUUGGGGGAGAAGAUGAAUCUGCUGAACAGCAAAAUGAUUUUGACCCCAGAUUGCCGCAAGCAAGACCCAUGCCGUUGCUACACAACUCCCAAAUCAAUGUUCUGACAUCAUCGAAGGACCCACUGUUCCCUAAUUCGGAUACAAGAGUUGUCAUUUGCUCCUACGGACUCGCUCCAACCCUGGUAGAAAAACAGAUGAUAGUACCAGGUCUCUUUAGAUGCGCUAUUGUUGACGAGAGCCACAUGUUGAAGAAUAUAAAAAGCCAAAGGACCUUAAGACUCGUCCCCAUUCUUCACGCAACAAACCGAUGCAUUUUACUUUCCGGAACUCCGGCUUUUGCUCGUCCUUCCGAACUGUUACCGCAACUGAAGAUUCUCAGUACAGAGAAAGCUACUUGGUGGGGCGACGAGCGACUUUUCGUGCAAAAGUAUGUCAAAAGAACUUCUCCAGCUCGUCGGGCUGAGUUGUUUGCAUUGCUGACAGGGACGAUAAUGAUUCGGAGACUCAAAACUGAUAUGCUGAAGUCGAUGCCAAAGAAGCUUCGCGAGAAAGUUCUGACAAAUGUCGUAUCUCCUGAGCAGCGUAAGGAAUUUCAUCAGUGCAUGAUGAUGUUGCGAGAGGGAAAGGGCGUCCUUGGACAGUUGGCACGGCAGCAUUCUGCUUUAGAUACUGUGGAUGAUCAUGACUCGCAUGCUGUGUCGCUCUCAAAUGAGAAAUCAAAUCCAAGUCAGGUCUCGGAUCACGCACGGGCAGCUCUGGCCCAACAAUAUCAGGAGCAAUUUCAACAGAGAACGCAACAGCUUGUGCACUCGCUAGACACAGUGCGGCACCAGCUCGAUCCAACACAGCAGCAGGAAUUUAUUCAACAGCAGCAGUACAAGAUAAGGCGCGAACUGGAUGCAUGGUACAAGGAGCAACUGCAACAGCAGGAAGCCACGAUUGAAGAAGCUGAAGACUCCCGGAAAACGGUACUGAAUCGAAUGUACACAUUGACGGCGACCGCCAAGAUUCCGUUUAUUACCGAAAUGAUAAAGCGAUGGCUUGCUGAUCCAACAAAAGGAAAGCUAUGUGUGUUCGCUCAUCAUAAAUUCGUCUUGAAUGAUUUGAUCAAUUUGACCGGCCUAUCAAACGAGAGCGGAAGUACAACGCGGUAUAUUCGUAUCGACGGAUCAACGUCGCCAAAGCUGCGUCAAGCGCAAAUCAAUGCCUUUCAAACUGAUCCUGACGUAAAGAUUGCGAUUUUGGGAAUCACGGCUGCUGGUGUCGCUGUAACUCUUACUGCCUCAUCCACUGUUUGGUUCACAGAGCUGUUCUGGACCCCUGCACUUAUGAUUCAAGCUGAAGAUCGUUGCCAUCGAAUUGGACAGAACGCCCGAGUGAAGUGUUUGUACUUUGUUGCAAAAGGUACACUAGACGAGCUAUUGUGGAAGCUUCUAGAAAGAAAGUUUCGUGAUCUCGGAGAAUUCGUGGAGGGGCAAGAAAAGAUGAAAAUUGUGGUGGAUAAGACUUACCACGGGGAAAAGGAGUUUCGAAGCAUAUUCAGCAAACCAGAGGAUGAUGAUAUUCCAGACGACGCCAUGGACUUCGGCGAUAUCGAUGGCGAAGACACCGGCGAAAGUCUUUUCGACUUGGAUGAAGAUAUAGAGGGGGAUAUCACGAUGCUUGGAAACGAAGAGAUAACAAGAACUUUUGUCCCAGGAGGUGACGAUGAUGGACAAGACCCCGAAUCAAAGAUGGCUAGUGGCACUGGCGCUCAGUCGAAACCAGCGAAGAAACCUAUUUUAGGGUCGUCGGAAGAUGAUGCAAUCGCUUUGCUUUCUGAUGACGAAGACGAACAGCCUUCUACCACAGCCAACGGGAACACUCAAUCGGCGGCAUUCAAGACUGAGAAGGUAGUAUCUUCAGCAAAUGGCUCUGAACCUGCAAAGCCCACAAGAAAUCGUUGCUACAACCAAAUCUUCGAUGGACCAAAAUUUGAAAUGCUGCUCGCGUUGUAUAACGGGCGUCCCAUCGUAUCCCAGAGAAACACCAGGACACCAUCGAGGCCAGCCAUUGCUGAUAUUCUCGUCGCAGUCAACGGUACCACACUCCCUGUUCUGCUUGACAUGAACCAGAUUACUCAGGCUCUCAAGAAAUUGAUUGCGAAAGGACCUGUGGAAUUGACCUUUAUGGAUUCUGCUGGAUGGACAUCGCAUCUUUUACAACCCCAGGCUCCACAAAGGUCUCCGCAACAUAGGGUCGCAAAUUCAAUGCAAAAUCAAGGGUCAGACGAAAUUAUUGAACUGUCCGAUGAUGAUGACUAG